AUGGGCUGCUUCCUUGGCUGCUUCGGGGGGGCCAAGGAGCGCCGCCGCCGCCGCAAGCGGUCGCCGUCACAGUCCCCCAAUGGCCGCGCCCGGGCCGUGGCGCGGGUUACGCCGAAGAAGGUUGAUCUGGAUGGGGAGGCCGUCUCCGCCGCCGCGCCGCUCCUAGCGACGCUCCUCGAGUUGAGGGACUCCACGGACGACAUGUGCCUGGCCGUCGUGAAGAAGAAGGUGACGUUCGACCCCAACGUCACCACCUUCGAGGCGGCCCCGAUCCCGGAGGACGACGGCGAGGGAGCCGAUCCGGAGGAUGGUGGGGAUAGCAGCGACAAGGGGUGGAUGCUGGCGCCGGAGUGCGCCAAGUCCGAGGCCUUCCCCUUGAACCACAGGUACAGCAACUGCGCUGGCAUCGAGAGCGACAGCGACUACGAGGACGCCGAGGAGGACGAGUACGACGAGUUCGAAGACGACGACGACGAGGACGAGGAGGAGGAAAGGGAAGACGGGCUCGAUGAGUGCGCGAUGGACGACGACGAAGACGAGCACGGCCUCCUCGGAAUCGGCCGCAGCGAGGAGGACGCGUGCGAGUCGCUCUUCCUGCUUCCGUUUGGCAAGACGUCCAAGGAUUCCGGCGUCCAGGUAGCGGCGCCCGUCGUAUCCCCGGCGGAGUCCCCCUCGGUGCUCGGCUCCUUAGAGAACCUCAGCCUCACCCGGUGGAAGGAACCCAAGCCCCGCGCUGCCGCCGCGCCCAAGUCCUCGGACAAGGAGAACGUCACUGUGGUGCAGGAGAACCGGAUGGACCUCCUCGCCGAGCCACCGGCGGUGGCGGCGGCGGCCAAGAGGAAGGAGAAGAGGCCGGCGGUCUCGGACUACAGCUACACCCCCAGCACGCCGAGCAAGCAGGAGGCCUCCGUGGACGCCAGCCUCUCCACGUGGCUCGGUUCCUCGGGGACGCCCGAGAGCAACUCGGUCCGGUCCUACUCGCCGAUCAGCCGGGAGGACCGCCCGAUCCUUGGGGCCCUCACCGUGGAGGACAUCAAGAUAUCGUCGGCCAACUCAACGCCGAGGAGGUCGAGGUCCCCGAGCCCGAGCCCGGACGACAUGCCGAUCCUGGGGACGGUGGGGGCUUACUGGAACUGCAGUGCCAAGGAGGCUGAUCCGAUCACCAGAGGGGGGUUUAUGAGGACCAGAACCAUAUUUGGCCAGAAUUUUGCAGGAUGA